AGUUGAAUAAAAUAACUUUUUCUUAAUGCAUUUUUAUUACCCUUAAUCUACCGAGAUAAAAAAUUUUAACAUAAUUUUUGGCAAAAUCUGACCAUUUUAGCAGUGGCUUAAUAUAAUUUCAUUAAUGAAAUCGGCAACACUGAUGAACCAACACAUCACAUCACCACUGAGAUGUACUACGCGAAAAAUGGCGACCCUGUACUUUUCAACUUCAAAGGCGGCAUCAGGGAGUGUCCUUGCUGGUUUCGUUUAUUAUGCUGUGCUAUGGUCGUAAACAAACAAUCGUAAUCGUAAAGUAAAGGAGUUUGUAAAUUUGAAUUUCUGUUUUCAUUGGAAAUUGAAUAAUUUCCAAUGGAAGUAAAAGAAGAAAUUAGCGAGGAAACGUGUAAAAUAGAAGUAGAGUAUAAUGACUUGGAUUAUGCUCUUUUAGAUGGCUUUAAAUGUGAAAUUCAGGAGGAGUCCAAUUGGGAAAGUACUCAUGACACAAAUGAUUCUUUAGACUUAAAGAAAUGUCCGGUAAAUACUGAAAUAGAACAGCAUUUAAAUAAACUUGACCCUUUUGAAGACAACCAAACAUCUGAAAAAGGCUGUCUUCAAGAUGAAAAGAAAAUGGAAAUUACGGAGAAACGCAUUGAAGGUACAUUUUGCAAAGAAAAUGAUAUGGUACAUCUUACAAAAGAAAUGAUACAGACUGAAAGAAAAACGUUAAAUACAAAUAUGGAGGUUGUAACUGAAAAAAAACCUUAUAAAUGUGAAAUUUGUUUUAAGCAGUUCGCUCAGAAAAAUAAUUUUAAAACACAUUUGAGAGUGCACACUGGAGAAACACCUUACAAGUGUGAAAUUUGUUUUAAACAAUUUAUUCAAGCACAAAAUUUGAAAAAACAUUUGAGAGUUCAUACUGGGGAAAAAUCUUACGAGUGCGAGAUUUGUUUUAAGCAGUUCGCUCAUAAAACUAGUUUGAAUAUACAUUUGAGAUUCCACACAGGAGAAAAACCUUACAAGUGUGGAAUUUGUUUUAAGCAGUUUAGUCGGAAAGAUCGUUUAACUUAUCACAUGGGGGUUCACACUGGAGAAAAACCUCAUAAGUGUGAAAUUUGUUUUAAGCAAUUUAAUGUAACAAGUGAUUUGAACAAACAUUUGAGAGUUCAUACUGGGGAAAAACCUUAUAAGUGUGAGAUUUGUUUUAAGCAGUUCGCUCAGAAAGGUGGUUUGAAGUCACAUUUGAGAAUGCACACAGGAGAAAGACCUUACACGUGUGGAAUUUGUUCUAAGCAGUUUACUCAGAAAGAACAUGUAACUUAUCACAUGAGGGUUCACACUGGAGAAAAACCUCAUAAGUGUGAAAUUUGUUUUAAGCUGUUUUCUCGGAAAGGUCAUUUGAACAUACAUUUGAGAUCCCACACAGGAGAAAGACCCCACAAGUGUGAUAUUUGUUUCAAACAGUUUAUGACUAAUACUGAUUUGAAAGGGCAUUUGAGAACUCAUACUGGGGAAAAACCUUACAAGUGUGAAGUUUGUUUUACACAGUACAGUCAUGCAAGUUCUUUGAAAUCACAUUUGAGAUUCCACAAAGGAGAAAAACCUUACAAGUGUGAGAUUUGUGCAAAACAGUUUACUACUUCAAGUGAUUUGACAAAUCAUUUGAGAACUCAUACUGGGCAAAAACCUUACAAGUGUAAAAUUUGUUUUAAGCAAUUUGCUAAGACAAAUACUUUGAAAACACAUUUGAUAGUGCACACCGGGGAAAAACCUCACGAGUGUGAAAUUUGUUUAAAACAGUUUUCUACUACAAGUGAUUUGAAAAAACACAUGAGAACUCAUACUGGGGAAAAACCUUAUAAGUGCGAGAUUUGUUUUAAGCAAUUUUCUCUUAAAUGUUCUUUAAAAAGACAUUUGAGAGUGCACACUGGGGAGAAACCUUAAGGUACGAUUCCGAACGGCAAUUGCAGACGUCAGUUGCAGUUGUCGCUGUGAUGGACGUCUAUACUUUGCACUAUUAGCCCCUUAAUAUACACAUUAAUUUUGAACUUUAGUGUAUUAUAAGACAUGGCGUUCUCACAUAUCGCUUUUUAUCAGUUUAAACACAUAUUAAAUAAUUAAAUCCUCUAUGCUCUUUGUUUCUAACGAUAUCAGGGACAUCCAAAAAACAAAAUGUUCACAAAACAUAAGGUUAUAACAAUGGUCGGCAAAGUGUGGCUCCGGAGCCGCAUGUGGCUCUUUGGCUCCUUAGGUGCGGCUCUAGCACAAAUAUCCACGGAAAGUGCAAUAUUUUUAUUUAAAAAUAAUUUGGUAGGAAAAACCUUACCUACAUCUUAUUCUGAUAAAUUAGCUUUUAUCAAACUUACAAACUUUAGCAUUUGUCAAAAAUCUUCUUGAUGCUAUGAUAACCGAGUUGAAAUUUUUCCCUUUUGAAAUUGGCAUUAAUAGCUUUGAAAUACAAGUUCUGGAUUUAAGAACAAGAAGGUAAGGCGCACUAAAUUCGAACGUCUUUGUGUUGAAUCGGAAAUAUUAGAGAAGAAAAAAAUGUUCACAACACAAGUGGUCUGCUUUGAAUGACCUGGAGAAGGAAGACAUGAUCAUUUUUAAUGCUUGGAAUAGUAUCCUGAUUCUUAUGAUCAGCUGAAAAAGCACACGUUUGCUGUUCUUUCCCUUUUCGGGUCUACAUACACUCACCGGCAGAGAAAACGGGCACCCCAAAAAAUGGGUCAUUUUUAAUGUCUUGUAUUUCCUAAACCUGAUGUCCGAUUUAAGUAAUUUUUUAAAUAUGUUAUAGCCUUAUUCUUUAUCAAUAUCGCUGUAAUAAUAUUGUUGCUACAGUAUUUCUCAUGAUCAUCUUUCAGUGCGUCACAGUUUUUCGAUUUCUUUCUAACGCAUUAAAUUGUAUGUGACAGAAAAAAAGGCACGUCGGUGAUUACAUUUCGCCGGUGACAUUUUUAUAACAUUUAUUCUAGUUAUUCUAGUUGUCGAUAGAUGGCGCCAUAAUAAAAAAAUAGUUUUUUUUUAAUUAGAUAAUAUUACAAAUAUAAUCUGUAUAAUUUAUAAGACAAAGAAAAUAUCAUUUUAUAAAUGCAAGAAACACUUUUGAUUUGAUUUUAUUCCAAAUUGAAAAUAAAAUGUGACGACUGUCAGAUUUAACUAAAAUGUCAUGUUAGAAUAAAUGUCAUAAAUGUGUAUUAUCACGGACUUACCCUUUUUCCUAUCAUUUGUUACGCACUGAAAAAUGAUCAUGAGAAAUACUGUAGACAGGUACAUUGUCAUUGUAUACAGGGUGUACGAAUCAAACUGUGUUUUUUCUCAAACUUUGGAACACCCUGUGGAAUGUUUUAGCUUUUAUAAAAUACUAAAAUUAAAACCCAACUAUAGCCACAGGUUUUCUUAACAUUCUGUUUUUUUAUUCAUUCGCUUAUGUUG